GAUUGUCUAUAAGUUGUUUUUCACAUUAAAGUUGGUUAAAAAAAAAAAAAAAAGCUUGGAGUGGAGGUCACAUGUUUCCUGUCUAGAGUGGAAGAGCUGCAGCUAGACCCUUCUGGAAGGAGCGUGUGUGUGCCUAUAAAGUGCGAUGAUCUUGCCGUGUAUUUCUCUAUGGAGGAGUGGGAUUAUAUAGAGGGACACAAGGAGCUUUACAAGGACUUCAUGAUGGAGACUCAGCAAGCACUAAGGACUAUGGAGAUCCCAGUAAACGAGAGCUCAGAAUUAACAGGUCACAGAGAUGAAAAUCUAGACACAGGAUCAUGUAGAGAACUUGUACAGAAUAUUCAGCCUGUGGAGACCCCAUCAGACGUCUCUGCAGGUCUCAGUGAUGAACAUCUAGACACAGGAUCACAUGGAGAACAGAAUAUUCAGCCAUCAGAUGUAUUUGUAGGUGUAAACGAUGAUAACAUUUUAUGUAAAACGGAAGAAACAGAGGCUCAGUGGCUAGCAAAUAUGCCAGAAGCUGCAAAGCAGGAAAUAUGUGACAAUAUAAAUACAGCUGUAAACGAUGAUAACAUUUUAUGUAACACGGAACAAACAGAGGCUCAGUGGCUAGCAAAUAUGCCAGAAGCUACAAAGCAGGAAAUAUGUGACAAUAUAAAUACAGGUGUAAACGAUGAUAACAUUUUAUGUAAAACGGAACAAACAGAGGCUCAGUGGCUAGCAAAUAUGUCAGAAGCUGCAAAGCAGGAAAUAUGUGACAAUAUAAAUACAGGUUUAAACAAUGCUAAAAUUUUAUGUAACACGGAACAAACAGAGGCUCAGUGGCUAGCAAAUAUGCCAGAAGCUACAAAUCAGGAAAUAUGUGACAAUAUAAAUACAGGUGAAUUCAUAAACUGCAAGAAUCUUAUUCAUGAUCAGAGUGCAGAUGCUUCUUUACAUCUUCAAAAUCAAAGAAGCCAAGUGGGAAAUAUAUGUUCUGAAUGUGGGAAAUGUUUUUCUCAGAAAUCACAUUUUAUUGCUCAUCAGAGAAUUCACACAGGAGAGAAAGCAUUUUCAUGUUCUGACUGUGGGAAAUGUUUUACUCAGAAAUCAAAUCUUGUUAGGCAUCAGAAAACUCAUACAGGAGAGAAAGCAUUUUCAUGUUUUGACUGUGGGAAAUGUUUUACUCGGAAAUCACAGCUUAUUGUACAUCAGAAAACUCAUACAGGAGAGAAAGCAUUUUCAUGUUCUGUCUGUGGGAAAUGUUUUACUUUGAAACCUUCUCUUAUUGUACAUCAGAAAAUUCAUACAGGAGAGAAAGCAUUUUCAUGUUCUGACUGUGGGAAAUGUUUUACUUUGAAACCAAAUCUUAUUGCACAUCAGAAAAUUCAUACAGGAGAGAAAGCCUUUUCAUGUUCUGACUGUGGGAAAUGUUUUACUAUGAAAUCAACUCUUAUUACACAUCUGAAAAUUCAUACAGGAGAGAAAGCCUUUUCAUGUUCUGAUUGUGGGAAAUGUUUUACUAUGAAAUCAAAUCUUAUUGCACAUCAGAAAAUUCAUACAGGAGAGAAAGCAUUUUCAUGUUCUGACUGUGGGAAAUGUUUUACUUUGAAACCAAAUCUUAUUGCACAUCAGAAAAUUCAUACAGGAGAGAAAGCCUUUUCAUGUUCUGACUGUGGGAAAUGUUUUACUCUGAAAUCACAUCUUAUUGCACAUCAGAAAAUUCAUACAGGAGAGAAAGACUUUUCUUGUUCUGACUGUGGUAAAUGUUUUACUAAGAAAUCAACUCUUAUUACACAUCUGAAAAUUCAUACAGGAGAGAAAGCAUUUUCAUGUUCUGACUGUGGAAAAUGUUUUACUAUGAAACCAACUCUUACUAGGCAUCAGAAAACUCAUUCAAAGAAAUCAUUGCACAAGUUAAAGCUUUCAUUGCAAAUAUAUUUUGCAGAUAAAAAGAUCAAGGAUGAUAAAUUGAGGGCUAUUACCACUGACUCGAUAGACUCACAUGUGAGUGGGGGUUUCUUUGUGUAUGAGCCUGAAAUCUUAAUGGAAGACUUGUUUGACAAAUGUGAAUUCAUAAACUGCAAGAAUCUUAUUCAUGAUCAGAGUGCAGAUGCUUCUUUACAUCUUCAAAAUCAAAGAAGCCAAGUGGGAAAUAUAUGUUCUGAAUGUGGGAAAUGUUUUUCUCAGAAAUCACAUUUUAUUGCUCAUCAGAGAAUUCACACAGGAGAGAAAGCAUUUUCAUGUUCUGACUGUGGGAAAUGUUUUACUCAGAAAUCAAAUCUUGUUAGGCAUCAGAAAACUCAUACAGGAGAGAAAGCAUUUUCAUGUUUUGACUGUGGGAAAUGUUUUACUCGGAAAUCACAGCUUAUUGUACAUCAGAAAACUCAUACAGGAGAGAAAGCAUUUUCAUGUUCUGUCUGUGGGAAAUGUUUUACUUUGAAACCUUCUCUUAUUGUACAUCAGAAAAUUCAUACAGGAGAGAAAGCAUUUUCAUGUUCUGACUGUGGGAAAUGUUUUACUUUGAAACCAAAUCUUAUUGCACAUCAGAAAAUUCAUACAGGAGAGAAAGCCUUUUCAUGUUCUGACUGUGGGAAAUGUUUUACUAUGAAAUCAACUCUUAUUACACAUCUGAAAAUUCAUACAGGAGAGAAAGCCUUUUCAUGUUCUGAUUGUGGGAAAUGUUUUACUAUGAAAUCAAAUCUUAUUGCACAUCAGAAAAUUCAUACAGGAGAGAAAGCAUUUUCAUGUUCUGACUGUGGGAAAUGUUUUACUUUGAAACCAAAUCUUAUUGCACAUCAGAAAAUUCAUACAGGAGAGAAAGCCUUUUCAUGUUCUGACUGUGGGAAAUGUUUUACUCUGAAAUCACAUCUUAUUGCACAUCAGAAAAUUCAUACAGGAGAGAAAGACUUUUCUUGUUCUGACUGUGGUAAAUGUUUUACUAAGAAAUCAACUCUUAUUACACAUCUGAAAAUUCAUACAGGAGAGAAAGCAUUUUCAUGUUCUGACUGUGGAAAAUGUUUUACUAUGAAACCAACUCUUACUAGGCAUCAGAAAACUCAUUCAAAGAAAUCAGUUUAACCUCCUGGUGCAGAGGGUGACAUGUAGUUGUCACUCACACAAUAUCAAGUGCUGAUGAUGACUGCAUGUGACCCCCUGAUGUGCACAGUUUUGCACUUGUUUGAGGCCCCUUUUGCACCUCAAGCAUUUAUGAGGUGAGCCCAGGGUGGAUUUGAUUUAAAUCAAUUUGAUUUAAAUCAAUUUGAUUUAAUUCAUGAUUUAGGGGUUAAGAAAACAGAGGCGCCCAAUGGCCUAAUACCAUAUACACAGAGUUAAUACAGGUAAGCAAAGUGGAUACUCACAAACGGAUAGCACCUGAGGGUGCAAACAGAGCAGACUGGAACAUCACAGGAUAUGAGCAGCCAGCUAUUAAAAGGGGAAUCCUCACUUGUAGAUUUCAAGGUAUUCCUAUAUGAAGGGAGACAGAGCAAACAUAACCCAGCACAGUUUGGUACAAAAAUGUGUGUAUUGUGGAAAUAAACACACUUACAUGUUCUGAAUCACCUCCAGGUACAAUAUAAGCAGGCUGGAGCUUCUCAGCCACCCAGCUGACUGAUUAAGAGUUAACAGGUCACAAAAAAACUCCCAAAGAGUUUAGGGAUGAUAGAUGCACAUAAAAAAAUCAGCAGCGAAUGUAUAGAUAAAAAUAUACUUUAAUAAAAGUGACGUGAUCCUCAGCCUCUGCAGAGGCUUUUAAGGCUAUACACAAAUUAAAUGAAAUACACUUGCUAUAUAAAGGGAUAAAACAAUCCAAUAGGGCAAACCAUUAACAAGAUACACCUGUAUGUAUCAUCAAUAGGUAAUUAGUUGAUAUGGUAACCCAAACAAACCAACCCUCCCAGCAAUGACCUCACAAAGAUAAAUUAGGAAUAAGUUAUACAUAGUAAUUGUCUACAACCAUCGAUAAUGAAUAAACACAUACAUAACUCGGAGAAAAUGUACACCAAUACACUUUUAAGACACUACAUAGAUUGCAAUCCUAUCUUCAUAAUUCCCCGCUUAAUAUAGAGUCAAUAAUAAUAUAAUAAUGAACAAUUCGCACAGUUGUAACAAUAGAGAAUCAAUGACAAUAUGGUAAUAAAUUCCCACAAUGGUGAUCUAAAAUUAAUUUAGGAUUUAUCUUUAAUCAGCAUAAGCACAUAACAAUCAAUUGACUAAUGCAUGAUUCCGAUAAAGUACUUUGGCAUAAAGAUUGUAAUCCUAUACUAGUAUACAAAACACUAUAUAAAAUAACAAUAUAGAGAGAUUAAAAUGAAACAAAACAAAUCACCAUGACAAUUCGAGCAUAAUAAUAAUAAUAAAAGCCAAUCACAAUCAGGCCCCCCCCCCCAAUAUGGCAGCCCCAAGCGGGACCCUCAUUACCCCAAAGAGUAAAAAGGCCCUUUGGAAAUGGGGAUCAAGAGGUAAAUCACUCUCCCGCAAAAAGAAUAAAUUACAAAAACUAAUGAAUGGGAUUUUUAAUUUAUCAUCUCGUGAUCCUUCAGAUGAUGACAUAAGAGUCUUAGGGAGAGGUUUAUCCUUUAGUCCCUCAAAUAAAUGUAAUGUUUACAACUAUAUGUUGACAUCAAUAGUUGCACAAGUUAAAGCUUUCAUUGCAAAUAUAUUUUGCAGAUAAAAAGAUCAAGGAUGAUAAAUUGAGGGCUAUUACCACUGACUCGAUAGACUCACAUGUGAGUGGGGGUUUCUUUGUGUAUGAGCCUGAAAUCUUAAUGGAAGACUUGUUUGACAAAUGUAUUCAUUCUAACUUGAAACCGAGAUCUUCCUUCAUUCCUGCAAAAACUGCUACUAAUAACCAUAUUGAUAUUUUUUCAAAUAAAUUUUGGAAGACUUAGAGAAGUUAUCAAAAGACCGCAAAAAAUUGAGGUACAAAUACAACCUGAAUCCAGGUGAAUGUAACAUUUUAGCCAGCUUGUACAGUGACCCUAAUUUGGUCAUUAGACAAGCUGACAAGGGGGGAGGGGUAGUGUUGCAGGACAUCCAGGAUUAUAUUGUGGAAGCAAAUAGGAUUUUGAAUGAAACUGGUUAUUAUCAGACACUUCAACAUGAUCCUACUAUUGCUUACCAGAACCAGUUAAAUUAAAUCUUACAACCUGGUUUGGAACAAGGUAUCAUGACAAAACAAGAAAAAGACUAUUGAUAUCCCAAAUAUCCUGGUACUGCAUUCUACGACCACCUCCCCAAGAUCCAUAAGGAUCCAGUGAAACCCCAAGGCCGGCCCAUUAUUGCGGGUAUAUCUUGAUUUAUUUUUACAGAAAUUUGUAACAUCUUUACUUUCAUAUAUUAAGGAUUCAUCAGAUCUACUACUUAAAUUCAAUAGAGUAUCAAUAGACAAAGACAGUUGGUGGGUCACAUGUGAUGUUGGAGCGGAGCAUUAUACUUCAACAUCAAACAUGAGUUGGGUAUAUCAUCGGUACGUUACUUCUUAGAAAAAGACAUAUGCUUGAUAUUCAGAUAGAUUUUCUUAUUGAACUAAUUACAUUUAUUCUAAAACUUGAUUAUUUUCUGUAUCAGAGUAGGUUUUACUUACAGAUAAAGGGAACGGCCAUGGGGACCAGGGUCGCUCCAAGUUUUCCAAAUCUGUUCAUGGAAACGUUUGAGCAACAGUACAUCUAUGAUUCACCAUUUGCAGCAAACCUAUUGUUCUAUGGCAGUUAUAUUGAUGAUCUUUUGUUUAUUUUUAGGGGCUCUUAUGAACAGGUAGUGGGGUUCAUUGAGCAUUUGAACAAUAAUAAUUUUGGUAUCUCUUUCUCCCACAAUAUCCAGAAAUAUUCUAUUGAAUUUUUGGACCUCCUGUUGGGGCGGUCAGAUGGUGGAACAGUUUCUUCUAAAACCUAUUUUAAAAGUGUAGAUUGCAACAGCUUUCUACACUAUAAGAGUAAUCAUUAUAGUUGUUGGAAAAACAAUGUGCCUUAUGGACAGUUCAGGAGAAUUAGAAGAAACUGUUCCACCAUCCAGUACUAUGAUGAGCAGGCAAGAGUUAUUGGCAAUAGUUUCCUGGAAAAGGGAUACCCUGCAAAUCUUAUUGAAAGAAACCUUAAUAAAGUUAGAGAAGAUGAUAGAGACAUAUAUUUCAUCAAAGAUAAAAAGCCAAACAAGAAACUUUCAAAGAAUCUAAUCCCCCGCUGUUUGUCACAAAAUUCAACUCGAAUCAUCGAGAAAUAAAUAAGAUCUUGUGGAAACAUUGGUCGGUUUUAACUAGUGAUACCAUACUUCGUGAUAUAGUUGGUCCCAAGCCUAAAGUGGUAUACAGAAGGGCACCUACACUAAAGACGACCCUGGCACCUAGUAAGGGAUAAAAAAACAAAUACUAUCACAUCCUAUUAUAAGGAUUUAACUGUAAAUCUUAAUAAGAAUAGCGUGUCCAAAUGUUUCAGAAAACAAUGUGGGAUGUGUAAACAUAUAGAACAUGGGACAUCAUCAUUUAAGUCCAAUAAAACAAAUGAGCAAUUUCCAAUUAAGAGCCAUAUGACAUGUGAAUCCACCUUUGUCAUAUACCUACUGUACUGCCAAUGUGGGGUCCAAUACGUUGGCCGCACUUAUAGAAAGGUAAAAAGGAGGUGUAGCGAACAUGCGUAUAACAUCAAGAAAAAGAUAACAUCUCACAGUGUGUCUAGACACUGUGCUCAUUUACAUAAAGGAAAUAAAAACAAAAAUAUGAUGAAAAUCAUUCCGAUAGAACAAAUAAGUAGAUCUCAAACUAACGCUUUUCUCACACUCAGACGUAAAGAAUCCUUUUGGAUUUCAAAGUUAAGGACUCUCCAACCGGAGGGACUUAACGAGAAUUUUGAUAUGGCUGCUUUUACAUAGGACAUCAUCACAUUUCUAUAUAUAGUUUCCUCUGUUGUGGUUAGAUAUGAUAUUUAGUGUUCUAGUUUACAGUACCGUUAGUUCCUCCUUCUGACUAAUGAGACACUACAUCAGCAUGUUAUUGCUACCAUUUGAAGUUUACACUAAAUAUGAGAGUUAUAUUUUAUUAUUUAAUAUUUCCAUUACACAUAGUUUUCACCCAUUUUCAAGAAUAUAUUGACAUUUCCUACCCAAGAUUCAUAAAUCCCUCAUUAAUCCACCAGGGUGCCCGAUUAUAUCAGGGAUCAAUUCUUUAACCUCUAAUCUAUCUCAGUAUAUUGAUCAUUUCUACAGAAAUAUGUGGUAAACUUACCUGCCUAUUUAAGAGAUUCCACACAUCUACUAAACUUAUUGAAAGAGGUCUCUUGGAACAAAAAAUAUAUAAUGGUCACAUGCGAUGUGACCUCUCUGUAUACUAACAUUGAACAUAAACUGGGACUAAUGGUGGUUAACCAUUUCCUUAAAAAAGAUGUUAACUUAAAAACUGAACAAUGUGAGUUUAUUUUAAAAUGUAUUGAGUUCAUCUUAUCCAAUAAUUAUUUUAUUUUUCAUGGAAUUUACUAUCUUCAACAGAAGGGCACAGCAAUGGGUACCAAGUUCGCACCCAGCUAUGCAAAUUUAUUUAUGGGUUUCUUUGAGGAAUUUUUCAUUUUUUCCCCCCAUAAAUCUUUAUUAAGAUAAUUAGAAUGACAACGAGAAAAACAUGUGCAUCCAUACAAUUAUCAUGUAGAACAAUUUUUCAUAUAUUGCAAAAAAUGAUAUAGUCCUUAAACAGCUUGUUCUAUGCAUGAUUGAACAAAGUUGUCUAUUCUAUUGAAGAACGGAUGUACAAGAGGAACUUUAACCAUGCAUUUGAUAUAACAAUUUUUCAAUAAAUUCCUCAUGGUGUUAAA